AUGCCUGGACCUUUGGAAAACGAUAUGUUUCUUACGCAACUUCGUCGUCUGCUUGAAAAUGAAAAAAAUCAUAAAGUUUACAUUACAACGAAAAGAUCGCAAAAAAAAGCACAAGAGUCAUCAGAAACAAAUGAAAAAGACAAAUUAACGAGCACAAAAGAAAUUAAGAUUUCUGAUGAUAAAGAAUAUCCAUGUAUAAUUAGAGCUAGUUGCAAGAGAAAAAAAUUUAGUACAUUGGUAAAUCCAAAUGAUCUUGAAAGUUUUCUAACAAAAUAUUCAGUAAUAAUGAAGGCUGGAUUAGAUAGCAUGAAAAAGAAAUCAAGAAAAAAGGCAACAACAAUAGCAGCAAAAUCAAAUGAUCAGUCAACCUCUAAUAAAUCCAAUAAAACUAAAAAACUAAAAGCCACAGUAUCUUGA